AGACAUCCGAGCCUGGGAUAACUCAGCUACUGCUGCUCUUUCCAGGAGGAUAACCCAGAUUCUGGGAACGGUGACCACAGGGAGGGAACAUGGAGAAGCUGUCACUGUGUCUCCUGGUCAUCAUUAGCCUCUCUAAUGCUUUUGCCCAGACAGAUAUGGUCGGAAAGGCCUUUGUCUUCCCCAAAGAGUCGGAGAACUCCUUUGUGAGUCUGACUGCAAGGCUCACUAAACCACUCACGGCCUUUACUGUGUGCCUGCGUGUCUAUACCGACCUGAACCGUGACUAUAGCCUCUUCUCUUACGCCACAAAGACCCAGUAUAACGAGAUCCUCCUCUUCAGAGGAAAGACUGCUGUGUACAGUAUAUCCGUGGGUGGUGCCGAUGUCGUUUUCAAGCCUCAUCAGAGUUCCGAACCCAUGCACUUCUGUAUGACGUGGGAGUCCACCUCAGGGAUUACAGAGCUCUGGGUGGACGGGAAGCCCAUGGUGAGGAGAAGUCUGAAGAGGGGCUACUCUCUGGGGACACAGGCAAGCAUCAUCCUGGGGCAGGAGCAAGAUGCAUUUGCUGGGGGCUUUGAGAAGAACCAGUGUUUGGUGGGGGACAUUGGAGAUGUGAACAUGUGGGACUAUGUGUUGUCACCGGAGGAGAUUAGCACCAUCUAUGCUGGUGGGACCUUCAGUCCUAAUGUCCUUAACUGGCGGGCGCUGAGGUAUGAAAUGAGUGGCGAGGUGUAUGUCAAGCCCCAGCUGUGGCCCUGAGGCCUUUUUGUGAAUCCCAAAGGUGCCUCCUGGGGUUACACCUUAUGUUCCCCUUGUCUCUGGCUCUGAUGUUUUACAGUCCAAUACACUGGGCUCUUGUUUUUGCCUUCUCCGUUCUCCGCUCUUUUUCCAUCAGCACAAGGGGCUGUGCCAAGCAGAGGAUCUUAUACAGGGCUGCACAUUAGAGCUAGCAGGCCACAUCCCAGGCCAAUUAAAUCUGAUGGGGGGUGGGGGGACACUCAAGCAUCAAUGGGUUUUUGAUACUGUCGUUGUUGUUUUGCUUGUUUGUUUUGGCUGCACCUGCAGCAUGUGGAAGUUCUCAGGCCAAGGAUCCAACCCACCCCACAGCAGUGACAAGGCCGGAUCCCCUGCCUGCUGCAACACAAGAGAACUCCUCAUCCAUGUGUUUUUUAAACCUCUCCAAGUGAUUCCAAUUCCUUCAGCUGAGGUUGCGAGCCGAUGCAUUUCAAUGCAUGUUUAAAAGCAAGUGAGGGAGUUCCAUUGGGGCUCAGAGGAAACAAAUCUGUCUAGGAACCAUGAGGGUGCGGGCUUGAUCCCUGGCCUUGCUCAGUGGGUUGAGGAUCUGGCAUUGCCGUGAGCUGUGGUGUAGGUCACAGAGGCAGCUCAGAUCUGGCAUUGCUGUGGCUGUGGUGUAGGCCAGCAGCUGUAGCUCCGAUUUGACCCCUAGCCUGGGAAUGUCCAUAUGCGGCAAGUGCAGCCCUCAAAGACAAAAGAGCCAGUUCUUUUUCUCCUAGACAACUGCCUAGUCCUGCCAACAUUUUUAUUUCCAUUUAUAGGCACAUCCACCCCAUUUAUUGUGUUUUAUUGAAUUACCUAAAGAAUGAAGAAAUAGAAUUUUUCCAGCAUUCUCCCCCACCAUCAAGAUGUGGUCAUUACAUAUUAGAAUUAUCUUUAAUUCUUUCAUUUUGAAUAUCCAAAAAUCUAAAAGAAA